AUGGUCCCUUUCCGCUCUGUCACAAAUCUCCUGUUCGACGGCGCCUACAACCUGACGGGCAUUCUAGACUGGAGCGGCGCCGGCCCCGCCCCAUUGGAACGUUUGGCUGUCUCGCUCGAGUUCAUCACGUUUCCCGGAAUGCCGGAUGAGCAGAAACAAGUCAAUAUUGACUUUCGGAAGCUUGUCCGCAACAGUCUUGCAAACGUGGAAGGUAAAACACGACAAUCAGACCCCGUUCCCACCUCCAAGACAACGCCAUCUGCGAUACUAGGGACCAAGCGAGCGGACAUUAUUCAUCGUUGUACGUAUAGCUUUCUGCACCGCGCGCUGUGGGACGUUCGCUUGGUAGCUGAGCUCAUCUACAAAGACGCCGUGUCAUGGGAGCAGUUGGUAGUCGUGUAUGGAGAUUCCGAAUUGUAUUAG